AUGAAGACCAGCACCCGCCGCAACGGCCCGCAGGCAAUCUCCAGCGCUCCUGCACCCCCGACCGCAUCCGACAUCCUCAUCGAGAUGUUCAGGCUGGAGACCGAGCGAAUGAUGCAAGAGAUCAUGGGCGUCAGCUUCUAUCAAAAUAUGGGGUACAGGCCCUUGACCCGACCCAGAGCCGUCGGACCUCAAGGCCGCCGCAACAGAUCCAUCUUCUGA